CGACAAUGAACCCCAACUCGACCUUCCAAUCCCCAUCAAUUGUAUGAGACUGUGAGGAUCUCGAAAAGAAACACCGAAUCAAUACCUCUCGUCCAAAGUGCCCUUUUUUGCUUCGUGCAAACUUCACCGGGUACUACGCAACUCCCCCGCAUUGUCAAACUCGUACUGUAUGACUUGGACAUGUUCAGAAAGCCUCGAGAGAAUGCGAAUAAACCGACCACGACUAACAUAAGACCCUCGACUGGACGACCUCCAACUCCUCCAGAAACCAGCAAAUCGCCACAAUCCGCAUACACAAUGGCGCCUUCAAGCUCGGUCAAACCCCUCACCCCGCGACUGAACUCGAAGUCAAACACGGCGGCAUCGAGUCGUCAAUCAACAAAGAAGACCCCGGCAAAACCUCUUGUCAAGACUCCCGCGAAACCAAAUGCCAGUAUCCUUACUUUCUUUAAGAAAGUCGAUAAUCCACUUAACGAUGAAUCGAUAUUCUUAUCUCAUGGUGCCAAUCACCUACAAAUGCCGCGCAGAGCGAAGGUGGUCCAGGAUUCGGAUGUAGAAGAGGAGUUUGAUGAUUUAUAUGAUGUUGAGGAUGAUGUUAGGUUUAAUGAGUCUGCGGGAUCAGUGAAGAGACGGAAGAUGUCGAAGGAGGAUUUAUCGAUUGAGGAGAAUACCAUUGUGGUUGAUGCUCCGAAGGUCGAUACCGAGGACGAGAAUACGACAAGGCCUAGUAUAUCUUCGAAGCAGACAACUCCUACUCCUCCAAGUCACACUGAACCUCAAGCUGCUAAAUCCAAAUCAAGAUCGAAAAAGUCAAAGAAAAGAGGUCCUUUUCUCUCGGACUCGGAAAGCGAUUACGAAACCCUUCACAAACCGAGGAAGGAAUCAAAUGAUAGUGAGCCGGUACAAGAAAAUAGGGAGUUCCGUGAGAGAGUGAAGAAGGAAAUAGAGGAUGUAAGCCCGGUCACUGAGUCUUUACCGGCUGUCAAAGAUAGUGUUGUCGCAUCUAAACCAAAAUCUGCCACGCCGAAGUCAAUUACAGAAACAGCCAAACCACUAAAUUUCAAACGCAAGAGAGUGCCUAUCGCAAAAGCUCAAGCGAAGUGGGAGGCUAUGCAACCUAAAAACUCCCGAUCACCAAGUUAUUCGAGUGAGAGCGGAUCUACGAACUCUGACAAGGGCAAGCAACCCACGAAUGCAAUGGCCAGUGGCAAGGGAAAAGAGCCAGCAAUUGAAUUGGAUACCGAGCCCCCUUCAGUAUUCCCGGUAGUUGCAGAUACCACGGAUGCAAUACCCAAUUUGAAAAAGGAAGCAACGAGCGUUGAUGACUGGGGAAAGUUCGAUGAUAACGAUGAAUCGCUAGAUGAGUUCAAUGAUGGCGAGGAGUUUAUAGAGAGGAAGUGGAUGGAAGAACAAGCUACGCUUGAAGCUAUGGAGCAAGAAGAAGAAUUCAUUGGAUUCGUUGACGAUAUCACAGACUUGGACGUUCCAGAUCAGGAAAUCAUACCUGCUUGCCCAAUCUGCGAUGCGAGUCUCAGUGGACUUUCUUCAGACGAUGCGUCGAGGCACGUCAAUGCAUGCUUGGAUGGAAAACCUAUUCCACUCCCCAAGGCCGCAAAAUUAAAAAAGCCACCCAAGUCUGAAAAGUCUGAAGUGAAGUACAUGCCAGUGGAUGCCAGAAACCGGUUUGCGCGAAAAGCGGGCGUACCAAGACCAGGACAAGCAAACCCCAUCGAAGUUGGAUCGGCUGGACCCAGCUCUGGCUCUGCAUUCUCGAAGCUCAUGUCUGGUAAAGCAGAAGAUGCGGCUUGGGCAACUGCUGCGGCUACCGAAAAUGCAUCAAGGGGAAAGCCAGCUUAUCAAAGAACUUGUCCUUUCUAUAAAAUCAUGCCUGGAUUCUUCAUAUGUGUUGACGCUUUCCGAUAUGGAGCUGUUCAGGGCUGUAAUGGAUACUUUCUCAGUCACUUUCAUAGUGAUCACUAUGUUGGUCUCACGUCCACAUGGUGUCAUGGUCCAAUAUACUGCAGCAAGGUCACGGCUAAUUUAGUAAAGCAACAAUUACGUGUUGACCUGAAAUGGGUGGUGGCCUUAGAUUUCGAUGUCAAGUCCGAAGUACCCAAAACCGAAGGCGUAUCCGUUACAAUGAUUCCUGCAAACCACUGUCCCGGUAGCAGUUUGUUUUUGUUUGAGAAAGUCAUUGGUAAAGGUCCUACUCCCAAGGUUCAGCGAAUUCUUCAUUGUGGAGACUUUCGAGCGUGUCCAGCACAUAUUGCCAAUCCAUUGUUGAUGCCCGAUAUUGUCGACUCGCUUUCUGGAAAGAUAAAACAGCAGAAAAUCGAUGUUUGUUAUCUCGAUACUACAUAUCUUAAUCCUCGCUACGCUUUUCCUUCCCAAGAAGAUGUCGUCAAAGCUUGUGCAGAUAUGUGCGUAUCGCUCAAAAAAGAACGUGCCGAAGAAAGCGAUGCCUGGGAGACAGCAAAGAGAGAACGUGCAGGAUCUGGUAUGACCAAACUCGUCAAAUCCACUUCAGCCAUGAAAGCAGAAGACAACAGCAUCGCAAUGUCACUCGGUAGUAGCAAAGACUCCAAGCCUCGUGGUCGUCUCCUCGUUGUAUGCGGUACAUACAGUAUCGGCAAAGAACGAAUUUGCAUGGGCAUAGCUCGUGCACUAGACUGCAAAAUCUACGCACCACCAGGCAAAAUGCGGAUCUGUGCUGCGUUGGAAGACCCAGAGUUGAUGAGUCGCAUGACCAGUGAUCCGCGGGAGGCGCAAAUCCAUAUGCAGAUGUUGAUGGAGAUUAGAGCCGAGACCUUGCAGGAGUAUUUGAAUGGGUACAAGCCGUAUUUUAGUCGCGUAGUGGGCUUCCGACCGAGUGGAUGGAACUACAAACCUCCCAAUUCCAGGUACCUUACCCCUUCCUCCCCUUCCCUCACCCCCAUCUCCUCUAUAUCUCCCUCUCACACCAUCUAACACGUAUUAGAUUCACCGACUCCCCCUCCAUCCAAACCAUCAUCCACUCCCCCAACUGGCGCUCCACCUACACGCUCCAAGACCUCGUCCUCCAGCGUGGAAGCACCCGCGAAGCAUCCUGUUUCGGUGUCCCCUACUCGGAACACAGUUCUUUCCGGGAACUGACCAUGUUUGUUUGCGCGUUGCGCAUUGAGAAGGUGGUUCCUACUGUUAAUGUGGGGAGUGCGGCCGGGAGAGCGAAGAUGAAGCGGUGGAUUGAACGGUGGCUUGCGGAACGGAGGAAGAAUGGGGUUUUGAGAAUUGGGGGGGAGGAGGGGUGUGUGCGGUGGUAA